AUGCUCAACAAACAGCACUGCGUCCUAGCGGGCGUUAUGGUUCAUUCGGUCCUACAGCUAUCCAUCGAUUUGAGUGGGAAAAGCGCUCUGAAAAUGGCCGAUGCUGCGAAGUGCACUUCUAACAACGUAGAUAAACUGGCCAAUGAGGGUGAAAUUCAUUCAAUCCAGACUGGCCGACUCAAAAUCGUUUCACGAUGUGAUCUUGGGAGGAUCAAGCUCAUUCCCCAGAAGAGAUAA